AUGUGGUUAAGCGCACUGUUGCUUCUGGCGCUCGGCGCCACGGCGCGCGCGCAGGACAGGACCCGGGAGCAUGUCGCGCUCUGCGACUGCAGGAACGGCGCGGACGUGGUUUCCUCCCAGAUGGCAUACUACCUGGGAGAGCCCGACUCCACGCCCGUGGACGUCGCGACCGUUCCCAACACUCCCAACGGACAGGCGAGGGUGUGGCCCAGCGCGACGACGUCGGCCUUUUUCACGCUCACAAAUGUCACCUUCACGGCGAAGCUGGGCCCGCAGGUCGAGGUUGGUGCUUUUGCGGGCACGGGGACCAACGGCUGGCCGGCACCGUUCAACUGCUGGUUCAGACCGACUCAGAAGCUUUACGUAUACGACGGGUGGGAGUGUGCCAUGGUGUACGACUGCUCGCAUGAUGCUGCAAAUUCUACUACGCCCUCCACAACAACUGGCGCAACGACAGGCAGACCAACUCGCUCCGCUACGCAAACAGACUCCUCUGGCAUCUCUACCCCUGCCCUGAUUGGCGUCGCCGUGGGAUCGGGUGUGGUGGCGAUAAUAGUCAUUGGUGCCGUUGGCUUCGUGUGCGUGCACCGUCGGCGGGCCCGUGAAGCCAGGAGGCAGUUGGAAGAGCAGCGGCUGCAGUCGCCACCAAAAUCACCAUACGGCGGCGUAUUCGACGCCGAGGGCAGGUGGCAUCAAACUGUGAAGCCCGGGCCGCCGCAGGAAAUGGACGGUCAAUACCGAGGCCUCGAGGUCCACGCCGGCCCGACUGGUGGCUACAGGGAGAUUGACUCGAGGGCGGUGAAAGCCGAGGUUUCAGGGAAUCGACCACAUAGCAGCUUGUACCGGGGUUGA